AUGACCGAAGCCACAUCACCACGGCCCGAUGAAUCUGUGAGUCAAGUAGGAAUAUCUGAUAGCCAAAUACAACCUCGAAGCCCGGUGCAAAGCGACGUUCAAAGUACCUUCAGUACGGAUAGUACGAUCAGUAGUAGUACCGGCCUCAGCUUUCGGCUGGGACAUGCUACAUCAUCAGCACGGUCUGCUCGAGAUAGCCAAGGGAACAGCAGUAAUUCCAUGGAAGACAAAACUAUCACGGCCACAAUAGAAUUGCUCAAGUCUGGAUGUUUACCGGGAGAUUAUCUACCCCUGAAAAUCAGCGUACAGCACACCAAAGCCAUCAAAAGUAUGCAUGGAAUUAUAAUUACGUUCUACAGACAAGGCCGAAUAGAUUCUGCGCCCCCUUUGUCACUGUUUAAAGAUAUUAAAGGGAAGGAAGCCGAUAGACUAAAGCAUGAAGAAUACUAUCCUAAAUCUAAGACCGGAUUGGGUGGCCUGUCACUAAGUUCCGCUGGAUCAACCAGCGUCUUCCGGAAGGACCUUUCACAGACAUUUGCCCCACUCAUCGUUGACCCUACAACUCUGAGUGCCCAUGUUACAGCAUCCGUCAGAGUUCCCGAAGACUGCUUUCCAACUAUAAGUAGUGUGCCUGGCCAGAUGGUGAAUUUUAAAUACCAAGUUGAAGUUGUAGUAGAUCUAGGCGGGAAGUUAGCCGGCCAACAACGACAUGUACCACGGAUUGGAACUGUUAGUCUUCCUUCCACCUAUGGAAGCACAGGAAAUAGAUCAGAAGGAAAUGCUAGCAUGCUGGCUGCCUUUGGGGGUAGCAUUGUUGACACGGAUCACAUAAGGCGAGAGAAAAGCGUGGUUGCAUGUGUUUUCGAAGUGAUUGUUGGAACUACGGAUAGCGCUCGAAACAAAGCAAGGCAUACGGGCAAACAACCAGCUGAACCUUCGAAUUCAAGGCCAGUCACACCAUCGCUGGCGCAUAACCCGAUAAAGGAGGAGCCCUUCGACCACGAGUAUAUACACCAGGAAAAUGCAAACUAUCCGAAUCAUCCUUAUCAAUAUUACGAUCCAAGUUACGAAGAACCGUAUCCAUAUGAAUUUAAUCAACAUUAUGAACAGCAUCCCGGUCAAAAUUCUAGAUACCCACCGCCUUCACAUGCUCAAAUAUAUGUACCACCACCGGAAGACGCCGGACAAGCAGAACUUAAUGAAAAAGAUCAACUCAGGAGGGCAGAACAGAGACUGCUCCCUAGUCAACCUCCUGAAGCAUCAUCAUCGUCAUCGCCGGCUGCAGCAGGGGGCAAUGUCGGGCCAUCUGCACCUCCUAAUCAAAAUGAAGAAGAUCUCUACACAGCCGAUGGUCUAACACGAAGCAGUUCCAGACCUCUUGCACCUCACUCAGUUGACAGGUCAGAUUCGCAGUUGACCGAAAUUCCAAGCAUGGGCCCCUCAGCUCCCAGCCUCUCAGACCUUACCCCACACGCCUCGAACGUCACAGAUGAUAAACAAGAACUGGAACGUCAAAGACUCCUAGCGGAAGCGAGCGCACCCUCUGAGUUUCCCGAUGUGGAAGAGGAAGGCGAGAGUAGCCAACAGGGUGGCGUGGCGUCCGCACCACAUGAUCAUGAACCUUCAGCGCUGAUAUUUCAUGAAGAAGGAUGA